CACACACAAUUCACAUAUUCCAUUCACGUAAGAUUCUCACACCAUAUCCAAAUCCUUUCGUUUUCUUCUAUCUUUCACCUCUCUUCUUCCCAACUCUACGUGUAUCUUUCUCCUCCUCCAUUUCCUAAGGCACCUUCCAGUCACAUUUUUAAGCUAUUUUUUUUUAAUGUGUGUUGGCAUUUAAAUUUUUAUCUCUCAACAUACUUCAAAUUUAAAUGCAAAUAAACUUUCCCAAAUUUGGUUUUGUUACUUUCUAAUUAAGCACUGCCACUACACUAUGUUGGAGUCUUUACUAUCUUGUUCCCAAACCCUCAAGGGAUAUGACUUGACCAAUCAAAAGAGUCCCGGCUAUUCUCGUGCUGCUUCGCGAAUUUGUAGAAGUUCUAAGCAAGUUCCGUUUCUAUGUCAUAGUACUGCUGUAUCAGAGAAAUUCACUAGAAGAACGUCUCUGGAUGUUCCUUCAUUUUCUGGUUGGAAAUUAUCCUAUUUCUCUAAGUAUAGGCCACUAAGGUGGGAACGGUUACAAACAAAUGCUACGUCAUAUGAUGUUGCUGGAGCUGUUGAAGUUGUCAAUGAUUUAGGAUUGGAUACUCUUACUUUCUUGGCUGUUACCGUUUUUAUCGUCCCGUCGUUCAAGUUUAUUAAAGCCAGUCCUAUACUUGGUUUCUUCCUUGCUGGGGUGGUGCUUAAUCAGUUUGGUUUAAUUAGGAACCUUGAAGAUGUUAAAGUUUUGUCUGAAUGGGGGAUCCUUUUCUUGCUGUUUGAGAUGGGUUUGGAACUUUCACUAGCACGUUUGAAAGCUCUUGCAAAAUAUGCUUUCGGAAUGGGAUUGACUCAGGUUUUACUAUCUACUUUAGCAUUCACUGCUUUUGAGCUUCCACCAAAUGGGGCUGUUGGAACUCAAAUUUUGCAAUUCCUUUUCCACUCAAGGUCUGAUCUGGUGAACAUCAGAAGUGUCGACGAAGCUGUAGUGAUUGGAGCUGCUCUCUCUCUGUCAUCUUCUGCAUUUGUUCUACAGCUUCUUGCAGAGAAAGGUGAGCUUCCUACAAGGCUUGGUUCAGCAACUCUUGGGAUACUUCUUUUGCAGGACAUAGCUGUUGUCCCUCUUUUGGUUAUACUUCCAGUACUUGAGAGCCAGACUAUGACUGAGGAAAGUAUUUGGCCCAUGCUUGCUCAAGAAAGUUUGAAGGCAUUAGGUGGAUUGGGUCUGCUUUCAUUUGGAGCAAAGUAUAUCCUCAGAAGAGUUUUUGAGGUUGUUGCAGAUACAAGAAGUUCAGAGGCUUUUGUUGCUCUUUGCUUGCUGACUAUUGCUGGGACUUCACUACUCACACAGAAACUGGGCUUCAGUGAUACGCUUGGAGCAUUUUUAGCUGGGGCAAUCCUAGCAGAGACAAAUUUCAGGACCCAGAUUGAAGCAGACAUAAGACCAUUUAGAGGCUUGCUGCUCGGAUUGUUUUUUCUAACUACAGGGACUUCAAUAGACAUGCAGGUUCUCUUGCGAGAGUGGCCAAACGUACUUGCGCUCUUGGCGGGUUUAAUCACGAUCAAAACAUUGAUCAUAACUGCGAUUGGUCCUCGUGUUGGCCUUACUUUACAAGAAAGUGUAAGAAUAGGAUUGCUUCUAUCCCAAGGAGGGGAGUUUGGAUUUGUAGUAUUCUCUUUGGCGAAUAGACUUGGGGUGCUUCCACUCGAGCUUAACAAACUGCUCAUAAUUGUUGUUGUAUUGUCAAUGGCGCUAACCCCAUUUCUGAAUGAAGCUGGAAGGAGGGCUGCUAGCUUUAUUGAAGAUCAAUCUGAUGACGAGAAUAAACAGAAAGAUCCUGAUAUGGUUAAUUUCGAUGUUAAUGAACCUGUUGUCGUCCUUGGAUUUGGACAAAUGGGCCAGGUCCUUGCUAAUUUGCUGUCCAACCCAAUGGCUUCAGAAGGAGAUAGUGAUACAAUAGGAUGGCCUUAUGUGGUAUUUGAUAUUGACGCCAGGGUUGUAAAGGAAGGUAGAAAACUUGGCUUUCCUAUUAUCUAUGGGGAUGGAUCAAGUCCAGGUGUUCUUCAAUCUGCCGGUAUCUCAUCUCCAAAAGCUAUCAUGGUUAUGCUCACUGAGAAGAAGAAAUCAUGUGAAGCUGUUCAGAGGCUACGAUUGGCUUUUCCUGCAGUUCCAAUAUAUGCCAGAGCUCGAGAUCUAAAACAUCUUUUAGAUCUAAAGAAAGCAGGUGCGACGGAUGCCACUAUGGAAAAUGCAGAGACUAGCUUACAACUUGGUUCUAAGUUGCUGAAAGGCCUGGGGAUGAUGUCCGAUGAUGUAGCAUUUUUGAGCCAGCUUGUUAGAGACAAUAUGGAGCUACAAGCUGAGGUAGCAGUCAGCCUACCAGAUUACCGGGAAUCAAAGAUCAUGGAACCACUGCAGGUGAGAGUUGCUGAUAUAAAGGAGUCACGCAUUCCGGUGGCAGCUACUACACCAAAAUAUGAAUUAUCAGUACAGAACCAGAAAGAUCAAGCUUCGUUGAGUAGAGUUCAGAAGGGAGCCGAUCCUGAAGAAGAAGAAGAAGAUUAUGAACUAAAUCAAGCUGUUAAAUUAGAAGGAAAUGGUGCUUCGUUUAUCAAACAAGAUAUUGAUGAAAGCUCAACGGUUGGAUCUCAAGAUGAUUUAGGACAGCAGAAUCUUCCGGAACCAUGAAUCCCUUCCCAUACUACUAUGGAGGAACCCUGACAAUGUAGGCAAGGACUUCCUCCCAUUAAUUUUUGUGCCUCUAACCUUGUAAGUUUAGAAAGAUUUGAGAAAGAUCAAAAUCCAUUUUUAUUGCAGAGCUAACAGUAUAUGUAUAGAAAAUAUCUCAUUAACAGCAUCAUUCAAACUGAGAUGCUCAUUUCAAUUCUUUGAAGACCAUAAAAUGUAUAGUGACUUUAUUAUAUGAUGAUGAUGAAAAUAAUGUAAAUUUCUUGCGCGCCUA